CUGCUUCUUUUUCCGAUGGGCGAGCGAUGCAAGAUGGACGUCAGUCGAGGGUUGGAGACUCUCCCUGUCUCCUUAUGGCCGCCCUCCGAGGAGCCCCCGGCAUUCCAGUAUAGUCCUGAUCAUGUGGCCGGAAAGGAAGGUGGACCACACCCUUCUGAGAUCUCCUUUCCUGGAUGCAGCUGCCAUUCUGCUUCCUGCCUGGUCUCCAAGUGUUCAUGCCUUCCUUAUGGAGAGAAUUAUAACAAUUUGUGCAUUAACAAUGAAGGGAAUGAACUGGAUUUUUCAAAGCCUAUAUUUGAAUGCAAUACCAUGUGCCAGUGUGGAGAGUUGUGCCAAAACAGAGUGAUUCAAAGGGGUCUGCAAUUCAGACUUGAAGUCUUCAAAACUGCUAAGAAAGGAUGGGGCCUUCGCACUGUGGAGUUUAUACCUAAAGGAAGGUUUGUGUGCGAGUAUGCUGGGGAAAUCCUAGACUUUGGAGAAGCGCAUAGAAGGAUACAGUUGCAGACGCCAAGUGAUCCAAAUUAUAUUAUAGCUUUAAGGGAACAUUUGUGGGAUGGACGGAUAAUGGAGACAUACGUGGAUCCCACCCAUAUAGGUAAUAUUGGCAGGUUUCUGAACCACUCUUGUGAACCCAACCUCUUUAUGGUCCCUAUCCGAAUAGACUCUGUGGUGCCCAAGUUGGCAUUGUUUGCAGCCCGUGAUAUUUGUGAAGGUGAAGAACUUACCUACGAUUAUUCUGGAAGGUAUCACAAUUAUUUGCCCAUAAAAGAUCAGGACAGGCUUCAGCAAGAUGAAGAAUCUAAGAAGGCCUGUUAUUGUGGUGCCAACUUAUGUACAGGAUUCUUACCUUAUGAUAGUUCUUUAUUCCUCAAAGAUGUCAGUGAAAAAGAAACAUUGUAAAAGUACAAUCGGCAUUAUUGUUGUUUUCAAAGCAAGGGUGAGCAACUUCAGCUUUGUUGUCCGCUACAGUCUGACUGACUGCAGAUGUCCCUGGUUUCAAAACUCUUUGAACUGGCUGAUCAGUUUGGGUCUCCGCAACAGUGCUUGCGCCUUUCCUCAACACCUUGCUAGGUGGGGAGGAAGGAGAAGGCAGAGAAAGUUGUGUUAGAGAGAGGGAAAAAUUGCCUGACAUAAUUUUUUUGAGUCCCAUAGAAUUUCAAAAUACGUUACUGUAUAAAAUGCGGAACUUAUUUUUUACCCACAGUCUCUUUUAAGACCUAUUAACUUCAUAGAAAUUUGCUUCCAUGUAAGUUUGAUUACCCACCCUUUCACCUACCAAGCAAGGUUAUUUCCUUUGUGCAGAAGUUAUUCAUGUUGCAGAGAUAAGAGGAUAAAGGCAUAGGGACAAGUUAAUACAUGAGUUCCAUUGCUGCUAAUUUUCUCAUUAAAAAGAAACCUGCUGGUCUAAGAAAAAUAAUUUGAGUGUAUUAUCUACAAGUAGCCAUAAGGUAGUAUCUCAAACAUCCUGUUUUCAGGAAUGCUUUGCUUCUCUUGUUUGUACCGGUCAAAUGCUUUCGUUACCAAAGGACAUUACUAAGAAUUGAUUUUCAGAAGACUGGAGUUGGAGUGCAAUACCUUGUCUUGGCCCCAUUCCUGCCUUCAUGGAAAAUAAUGUUGGAAUACUGUACCAUUAAAUUCAUCCUUUGUAACACA